AUGUUACUCAGAUCACUAAACUCUUCUGCUCGUUGUGUCAAACAAACAACCAGAACAAAGGUUAGGUAUCUCAGCCACGUCAGUGGUGCAAGCAUGGCGAAACCUACAUUGAAGAACAACUCGAGAGAAUCCAACAAAUCCAGAAACUAUCUAAUUGCUGCUGUGACAGCAUUGGCUGUAUCAACCUCAAUUGGAGUUGCCGUACAUGUGAAGGACCCCUUGUAUAACGAUGCUACCGGCAGUGAUUCUCCGAGAAGUAUAUCUGUUGACGAGUUUGUCAAGCAUAAUUCACAAAACGACUGUUGGAUUGCAAUCAAUGGCAAGGUUUAUGAUUUCACUGAUUUUAUUCCAAACCAUCCAGGUGGGGUACCUCCAUUAGUUAAUCAUGCUGGUUAUGAUGGUACUAAACUUUAUGAGAAAUUGCACCCAAAAGGUACAAUUGAGAAAUUCUUGCCAAAGGAUAAGUUUCUGGGUGUGUUAGAUGGUGAAGCGCCAAAAUUGGAAGCAGACUAUUUGGUGGACGAUGAUGAACAAGAGAGACUGGAUUAUUUGAACAACUUACCUCCUUUGUCAUCUAUUCAGAAUGUUUAUGAUUUCGAAUACUUGGCCAAGAAGAUUUUACCUAAAGAUGCCUGGGCAUAUUAUUCUUGUGGUGCCGAUGAUGAAAUCACAAUGAGAGAAAACCACUAUGCUUAUCAAAGAGUUUAUUUCAGACCAAGAAUUUGUGUUGAUGUCAAGGAAGUUGAUACUUCUUAUGAAAUGUUAGGCACUAAAACCUCUGUUCCUUUUUAUGUAUCUGCCACCGCUUUGGCUAAAUUAGGCCAUCCUGAUGGUGAAUGCUCAAUUGCUAGAGGCGCUGGUAAGGAAGGUGUCGUUCAAAUGAUUUCGACCCUUUCCUCAAUGUCAUUAGAUGAAAUUGCCGCUGCUAGAAUUCCAGGUGCAACCCAAUGGUUCCAAUUAUACAUUAAUGAGGAUAGAAAUGUCGCUAAAGGUCUGGUCAAACAUGCAGAAGACUUGGGUAUGAAGGCUAUCUUUAUAACUGUUGAUGCUCCUUCUCUAGGUAACAGAGAAAAGGAUAAAAGAUUAAAGUUUGUUAAUGACACCGAUGUCGAUUUGGGUGAUUCCGCAGAUCGAAACAGUGGUGCUUCAAAGGCACUAUCUUCGUUCAUUGAUGCUUCUGUCUCUUGGAAUGACGUCAAAGCGGUCAAGUCGUGGACUAAAUUGCCUGUCUUAGUUAAAGGUGUUCAAACAGUUGAAGACGUUAUUGAAGCUUACGAUGCUGGUUGUCAAGGUGUUGUUUUGUCAAACCACGGUGGUAGGCAACUAGAUACUGCUCCUCCUCCAAUCGAAUUAUUAGCUGAAACUGUUCCAACUUUGAAGAGAUUGGGUAAAUUAAGACCAGAUUUUGAAAUUUUAAUUGACGGUGGUGUCAAAAGAGGUACCGAUAUUUUGAAAGCAGUCGCAAUCGGUGGCCAAGAUGUCAGAGUUUCAGUUGGUAUGGGUAGACCUUUCUUAUAUGCCAACUCUUGCUAUGGUGAAGCAGGUGUUAGAAAAUUAAUUCAAAAUCUAAAGGAUGAAUUAGAAAUGGAUAUGAGAUUGUUGGGUGUCACUAAAAUGGACCAGCUAUCUUCGAAACAUGUCGAUACUAAACGUUUGAUUGGUAGAGAUGCGAUCAACUAUUUGUAUGAUAAUGUAUACAGCCCAAUCGAAACCGUUAAAUUCAACAAUGAAGAUUGA